CCCCUGAUCCUCACACGUUGUCAGUAUUAGUUAAUUGAUUUGAACGGAAACAGUAAUGUCUUUUAAUUCAAUUCGAUCAGAAUAGAUCAUCUCUUAAUCAUCUUCAUUUCUGCUUUGUAGUUACUCAGUACAUACUUUUACUUUAAGUUGCACCUCGACUGCCAUCGUUUUUUUUCAAAAUCAAAUCAUGUUUUUAAUGUUAAUUGUGUUCGCUCUCGCAGCUUUUGGCUUUUAUUGGCUUUACCGAAAUGUACUGUCUAAAUUUGAUUGUGACUUUUGCAUGAAGCUAUAUGAGAAAUAUGGCAAACAACCAAGUGAAACUUUGAAAGGUAAACGAGUCUGGAUUACAGGAGCAGCCAGUGGGAUUGGUGAAGCUUUGGCUUACGAAAUGGCGAGCUGUAAAUGCAAACUGGCUUUGUCUGAUCUGAACAAUCAAGGUUUGGAGCGAGUUAAGCGGAAAAUUGUUAACCAUCAUGGUUUACAAGAUAAAGAUGUUUUGUUGGUUCCUUUCAAUCUAACUGAAACAGCUAAACACGAAGAAGCUUACAAAAAGAUAAUGGCCCAUUUUAAACAGAUUGAUAUUUUCUUCUGUAACGCUGGACGAUCACAAAGAGCGAAAUUUGAAGAUAUUGAUAUACAAGUUCACCGAGAAUUGUUUGAAAUAAAUGUCUUUAGUGGAAUCAAUUUGAGUCGAUUGUUGGUUCAAAAUUGGAUUGAAGAGAAGCAUCCAGGUCACAUUGUUGUAACAUCAAGUGUCGCUGGUAAAUUUGGUUUACCUCAAUCUGCCUCAUACACUGCCUCAAAAUAUGCCUUAUUAGGUUAUUAUGACUGUUUGAGGAAUGAAGUUAAAUCAAAAGGAAUCCAAGUUACAGUUGUCUGUCCUGGUCCAACAGCUACCGCAAUCCUAACUAAAUCAUUUACCGGUAAACCUGGUGAAGUUUAUGGUAAAGAGUUUGGUGAAGUGGAAAGCAGAAUCCCAGCUGACCGACAGGCUAAAAUGUUUGCAAUUGCUGCAGCUAAUGGAGUUGCCGAAGCUUGGACUUCACGACCACCAUAUCUGUGGUUGGUUUAUGCUGCACAAUAUGCGCCAUCAUUAUUUAAAAUAUGUUUCCCAAUUUUCUGUAAUGAGGAAAUUCUGAAAAAGAUGAGAGAUGGACAUUAAGCACCUUAACACAUGGAAAUUUGUCAUAAAUUAAAGUUUAGCCUUUGAUUUUUUGUAUGAAAGUUUAUAAAAAAUAUAAUAUUUACCAACAUCUUCA